AUGGGGUGUUCACAAAGUUCAAACGUGAAAGAUUUUAAAACGAGGAGAAGUAAAUUUACGAAUGGAAAUAAUUAUGGGAAAAGUGGUAAUAAUAAAAAUUCGGAGGACCUAGCGAUAAACCCAGGUAUGUAUGUUAGAAAAAAAGAAGGGAAGAUAGGGGAGUCCUAUUUCAAAGUUCGCAAAUUAGGUAGCGGUGCGUACGGAGAAGUAUUAUUGUGUAGAGAAAAACAUGGACAUGGUGAGAAGGCUAUUAAGGUUAUAAAGAAGUCCCAAUUUGAUAAGAUGAAAUAUUCGAUAACAAAUAAGAUCGAAUGUGAUGAUAAAAUACAUGAAGAAAUAUAUAAUGAGAUAUCAUUAUUAAAAUCAUUAGAUCAUCCUAAUAUAAUAAAAUUGUUUGAUGUUUUUGAAGAUAAGAAAUAUUUUUAUUUAGUAACCGAAUUUUAUGAAGGUGGGGAAUUAUUUGAACAAAUUAUUAAUCGUCAUAAAUUUGAUGAAUGUGAUGCUGCUAAUAUAAUGAAACAAAUAUUAAGUGGCAUAUGUUAUUUACAUAAACAUAAUAUUGUACAUCGAGAUAUUAAACCAGAAAAUAUUUUAUUAGAAAAUAAACAUAGUUUAUUAAAUAUAAAAAUUGUCGAUUUUGGUUUAUCUUCCUUUUUCUCAAAAGAUAAUAAGUUAAGAGAUAGAUUAGGUACAGCAUAUUAUAUUGCACCUGAAGUUUUGAGGAAAAAAUAUAAUGAAAAAUGUGAUGUCUGGUCAUGUGGAGUUAUUCUAUAUAUCUUAUUAUGUGGUUAUCCUCCUUUCGGGGGUCAGAAUGAUCAAGAUAUUAUAAAAAAGGUGGAGAAAGGAAAAUAUUACUUUGAUUUUAAUGACUGGAAAAAUAUAAGUGAAGAGGCAAAAGAAUUAAUCAAACUUAUGUUGACAUAUGAUUAUAAUAAAAGAAUAACAGCAAAGGAAGCUCUAAAUAGUAAAUGGAUAAAAAAAUAUGCAAACAAUAUUAAUAAAAGUGAUCAAAAAACUUUAUGUGGCGCUUUAUCAAAUAUGAGGAAAUUUGAGGGCAGUCAGAAAUUAGCUCAAGCAGCCAUAUUAUUUAUUGGAAGUAAAUUAACAACAUUAGAGGAACGUAAAGAGCUUACUGACAUUUUUAAAAAGUUGGAUAAAAAUGGCGAUGGCCAGCUUGAUAAGAAGGAAUUGAUUGAGGGAUACAACAUACUUAGGAGCUUUAAGAAUGAGUUAGGAGAACUUAAAAAUGUCGAGGAAGAAGUAGACAAUAUAUUGAAGGAGGUUGAUUUUGAUAAAAAUGGAUACAUAGAAUAUUCAGAGUUUAUUUCUGUAUGUAUGGAUAAGCAAAUCCUUUUCAGUGAGGAGAGAUUAAGAGAUGCAUUCAAUUUGUUUGAUACUGAUAAAAGUGGAAAAAUAACGAAGGAAGAAUUAGCAAAUUUAUUUGGUUUGACAUCCAUAAGUGAACAAAUGUGGAAUGAAGUUCUCGGAGAAGCAGAUAAAAAUAAAGAUAACAUGAUUGACUUUGAUGAAUUCGUUAACAUGAUGCACAAAAUUUGUGAUAAUAAAUCUUCAUAA